UUCUUCUAACAUUUUCCCCCACGCCUUUUCCCAUCGUCUUCGUAUACGAUAUUCUCGAUUCUUCUUCUUUCUCCAUCCCCAUAUCAAAGCCUUUGAAAAAAAGUCAAGCCUUUAAACUUCAAUCCGAAAAAAUGACGAACUACGGCACAAUCCCAACUUCCUCGUCGGCGGGACCGUCGGCGAACAUCGAAUACCUAUCUCGAGCGAAAGAAAGAAUCAAAGAAGGGCUCGCAGAUCGCCGUCCAUGGAAACUUAUGUUCAACAUCCGCUCCUUCAACUUCCCCGGAAGCCUAUCCGAAGCUAUUUCCCGGGUCAGAAGUAACGUUUCUUACUUCACCAUGAACUACGCCAUGAUCGUGCUUUUCAUCCUUUUCCUCAGCCUUUUAUGGCACCCCAUCUCGCUCAUAGUCUUCGUGGCCAUGAUGGCAGCUUGGUUGUUCCUGUACUUCCUGCGGGACGAGCCUUUAGCUGUUUUCCGGCGUACCGUCAGCGACCGCGUGGUGCUGGUCGUUCUCGGGGUUUUGACGAUCGUUUUCUUGCUGUUGACGGAUGCCACGCCCAAUAUUUUGUGGUCGCUUUUGGCUGGCGUGGUUGUCGUUUUGGUCCACGCUUCGUUCAGGAGGACCGACGAUUUGUAUGAUGAGGAAUCUGCUGGCUUGGCAUCAUCUUCAUAAUUCUGGGUUUCUUUCUUUCUUUCUUUUGAUGGCUAUUCUUUGUGUGGUUUUAGAUUAAGUUCUUAUUGGUGAAAGUAUAGUUUCGUUUGUUUCAUUGUCUUGUUCAAUUGAAUGGGGUUUAUUUCUUGUUUAACGCUGUUGAAUGCAUGAAUCGUAAUCGGCUGCAAGGUUUGCAGUUUGCAAGCAGCUUUGACUUUGAACGGCGGAUGAGUCCCGAGUAGCGAUGGACAUUUGAGUUU